CGCAAAGCCUACAGUGCAACACAUGCUGCACUAAAAUGAACAAACGGCAAAAGCAGUGGAAAAGCACCGCCUCAGUGUUGAUGAAGUGGUCCCUUGACUGGGCCCGCGUCUGACAAAAGAAAGAACAAACGCCCAAAGUUACAUGCAAUGCAGCCUGCCUGCGUGCGUAGACGGCAAAAAUAAAAUAAAAAACUUGACAUACAACAUAUUGCAGAGUGUGGAGUGGCAGUGAAGAUGAAUUCGGAGAAGACAUGUUGAAGGUUGUCUUGUUACCAUCACUUGUUCGCUCACAUAACCUAUUUUAACAUAAAAGACAGGAUUAAUUCGUGAAUCGAGACAAGAAGACCUUUUCACUCAACAGCUGGAACAGCAGCUCAAUUCAUUAAAAUGUCUUACCCCUUCACAAAUCAACACUAUGCGCAAGACAGCUAUGCGCACAAUGCAUACAACAACAAUGGAGGAUCACAGGGGCAUUAUUCAUACGAUCAAAAUCAAAAUUUGAAUCAACACAAUUCAUACGAAAGUGAUCCUUAUGCCAGAGAUGCACAAACAAACGUUCAUGAUCAAAGUGCCGUUGGACCUGAUGUACCGGAAAAGAGUGAAAAGAUGUACAAUGAAGGUAAUUCACCUUAUGGAGCAAGAGGAGCAGCACCUGAUCCAAUCUAUACCGGAAACUCAAUCUGGUCUCACGAUGAUAAACGUUCAAUGGCAAAAAGGAGCGUUCCUGCAAAAUUGUUCAGAGUGUUAUUUUGCAUCAUCAUCAAUGCAAUCAUUGUGAUUAUCAGUAUUAUUUGUUUGGUCGUCAUCUUUGCAAGGCCGUUCAAUGUUGGUGUGGGAACCGUUACACCUCCUUCUUCGAAUUCGGUCAGCUUGGACGGAAAUGCGAUCACAUUCAAUGGUUCAAUUGACUUCAUCGUCUCCAACCCAAAUUCAAUCUCUUCUGCGCUCUCAUUGGAUGCAAAAGUGUACGACAAUGUCGAUAAGAGUCAAGAUAUCGGAAGAGGAAGCAUUGACAACGCAAAGAUUGAUGCAAACGCAAACAGUACGAUUCAUUUCCCAUACCAGAUUCGAUACAAUUAUGUAGCCGAUAAGAAUAAGCUGAUUUUGCAAGAUUUGGUGUCAAAGUGUACUUCAAACAGUAAAUUGGAUCUCGAACUAAACAUCAAUGCAAAACUCAAAAUUCUCUCUGUUCCGGUUCCGGUUGCUUUCAGUCAGGAUAUCAACUUUGAUUGUCCGAUUCCCAGCGAUAUCCUCAAGAAUAUCGCAGGUGGAAAUUUGGGCAGUCUCGCGAGUAGCUUUGGCGCCAGAUCAAGAAUACCGGACGAUCAUCACGAACUGUAGCAUAUUCACAUUUUAUUUUUCUCUCCCCUCUCUGUUACAAGGACAAUAUCUUUUCUGACUUUCUACUUAAAUGCAUGCUUAUAUUUUUCAUAUUCCACAAUGCCAGUCUAAUUUUACAAUUUUGCAGAAUCUUUAUGGUGUUUGACAAUGGAGUCUUUGAUAAUCUUUGCGACUUCUUUUCCUGUCAAAUCGGGAUUUUCUUGAACGGCCAAAUGAUUUGCAUCUAAAUCUGACCAAGAAAAUCGAUCGCCAAAUUUGG